GGGAAGAAGAUGAUGAGAGCAAGGUUCCUCUGCUGGGGCCUGCUUGGCCGCCGGCGGACACCGAUAUGCGGAGCGGCGGAGGAAUAUUUCGAGAUGAAAAGGAAGCGUUGGGGCGGCGGCUGGUGGAGGAGAACCGGAAGCUGUGGGCGGUGGCGGGGCCGUCCAUUUGCACGCGCUUCUCCACCUUUGGCCUCACCAUCAUCAGCCAGGCCUUCAUCGGCCACAUCGGACCUACCGAGCUCGCCGCCUACGCGCUCGUCUCCACAGUCCUCAUGCGCUUCAGCAUCGGCGUCCUGAUGGGCAUGGCGAGUGCGUUGGAGACGUUGUGCGGGCAGUCCUACGGCGCCAGGCAGUACCACAUGCUCGGAAUCUACCUGCAACGCUCAUGGAUCAUCCUCUUCGCCUCUGCCGUCGUCAUGCUUCCCAUCUACCUCUUCACCUCCCCGCUCCUCGUAUUCCUCGGCCAGGACCCCGCCAUCUGCGCCGUAGCCGGCACCAUCGCCCUUUGGUACAUCCCCAUCAUGCUCUCGAGUGUUUGGUCCUACACGCUCCAGAUGUACCUGCAGGCACAGAGCAAGAACGCCAUUAUCACCUACCUCGCCUUUCUCAACCUCGGCAUCCACCUCCUCCUCUCCUGGCUAGCUACGUCUAGGUUCAACCUCGGCCUCGCCGGGGUCAUGGCCUCCAAUAUUAUUGCUGUGUGGAUCCCUGUGUUUGGGCAGCUUGCAUUUGUAUUUUUCGGUGGAUGCCCUCGUACGUGGACGGGGUUCUCAUCAGCUGCAUUUGCCGAUCUUGGCGCCGUCUUCAAGCUCUCCAUGUCUUCAGGUGUGAUGCUUUGUUUGGAAAUGUGGUACAACACAAUAUUGGUUCUCCUCACCGGGAAUAUGAGAAAUGCACAGAUUGCACUUGACGCUCUUUCAAUAUGUCUUAACAUCAAUGGAUGGGAGCUGAUGAUUUCUGUCGGAUUUCUAGGAGCAACAGGAGUGCGAGUGGCAAAUGAACUUGGUGCUGGAAGCGCAAGAAGGGCCAAGUUCGCCAUUGUUAACGUGGUCGUCACAUCCUUCUUGAUUGGAUCCGUGUUAUUCGUGUUCUUCCUUUUCUUCCGGGGGAGCAUCGCCUACAUGUUUACCGAGAGCCGGGCGGUAGCUGAUGCUGUCGCGGACCUUUCACCUCUCCUGGCGUUCUCUAUCCUGCUGAACAGUGUCCAACCAGUGUUAUCAGGAGUUGCUGUCGGGGCGGGCUGGCAAAGUGUGGUCGCAUAUGUUAACAUCGCAUCAUACUAUUUGAUUGGUAUCCCACUCGGGGUAGUACUAGGUUAUGUUGUUGGCAUUCAUGUAAAGGGCAUUUGGAUUGGGAUGCUGGUGGGAACAAUGGUCCAAACUAUUGUGCUUGUGAUCAUAACACUUAAGACUGACUGGGAAAAACAGGUAAAGGUUGCUCAUGAGAGACUGAAGAGAUGGUACAUGGACGAGGACACAAGAUUGCAAGGUUCAACUGGAAAAUAGUCCAUCCCGAGAUCCUUUCAGGGACUAAGCUCACAUCUAUCAGCAUCUCAAGAACAAAUUGGCGCAACUUCAGUAUAAGUAUAUGAUUAGUUUGAUGUCCUUUUGUCUAAUUCCUCCCAGUGAAAGCCACUGGCUAUCUGAUACUCUUGA